CUGAGAAGGCAGAAUGCUUAGUGGGUGCUAGCGCAACGUUAACCUCAGUGCUGCUGCAAACGAAAGUAUUAUCUGACAGCUGGGCAAACUAAUGAACCAUAUCCCUCAUGCACCACGAUCGCAUUUCAGUUUUGACGUCGGGCGACAAAGGACGAGUCUAUUUUUGAAGUUUCAUGACUGUUUAUGCUUAGUUUCAUGCUGAAUGGCAAUGAUGAACAACAGCAGUGGUCUUUGGGAGGUCACAACAUUCAGCAUCAGCACAUCAAUUGUUCCUUUUAUUAUUGAUGGUGAUCUGUGUGAUUAUGGAACCCAUGCAAGCCAUUUUCUCCCUGUGCUCUACUCCCUGUUCUUCGUGGUGGGCUUCCUGGGAAACAUGCUGGUGCUGUGGGUGAUCCUGAGGGGUGCUCAGAUGAAAAGCAUGACUGAUGUGUCUCUCCUGAACCUGGCCAUCGCUGACCUUCUGCUAAUCUUCUCUCUUCCCUUCCUGGCUCACUACGCCAAGGAUACCUGGGUUUUUGGUAGAGCCAUGUGCAUUCUGGUCCUCAGCGUGUAUUACAUUGGAUUUUAUGCCGGCAUUUUCUUUAUUGUGCUGAUGAGCAUCGACAGAUACUUGGCUAUCGUCCAUGCUGUGUUUGCCUUGAGAAUCCGAACCAAGACUUGUGGGAUUUUAGCCAGCCUGGUAGUCUGGAUUAUAGCUAUUACAGCAUCAUUUCCUGAGCUGCUGUAUCUUGGAGUUGAAGAAAAUGGGACUGAAGUAGUUUGCAGUGCUUAUCCAAAAAAUCAAGAAAGCCACAAUGAUGUGAGAAGUGCAGCUUUCUUUAAGAUGAAUAUUUUGGGCAUGCUGAUUCCGCUGGGUAUUGUAGGAUUUUGCUACUCAAUGGUACUCCGGAGGCUUCAGACCCUUCGUACAUCAAAGAAACUGGCCAUUCGUCUUGUUACUAUAGUCAUGGUGGUGUUCUUCUGCUGUUGGAUACCGUACAACAUUGCAGCAUUCCUCAAAGCACUGGAACUCAGGCACAUCCUGAAUUCAGAGUGUGAGCUCAGCAAAAGUAUCCAGCUCAUGCUGCAAGUUACUGAAGCCAUGGCCUACUCACAUACCUGCCUCAAUCCAUUCCUCUACGUGUUUGUGGGUGUAAAGUUCAGAAGACACCUUGCCAAGCUUCUGCUCCAGACACCAUGCAUCCAAGUGCAGUGUGUGAAGCAUUGUGUGACCCAGGCCACAGCCUCGGCGUAUUCACAGACCACAAGUAUGGAUGAACGCUCAGUUGCCAUACAAAUGUAGAGGAACAUGAAAUCAUCUUAUUUUACAACUCAGCUUAUAAAUGCUCAUUCGGUUUACAUAUACUGGUGAAAACUUCUUUUUGCAUGUGUUAUAUAUCUCUGCAUUUAGGUAAUUAAAGAAUACCAUAGCAUGCACCUAAAUGAUGCAUUUCCUUUUUGUUGGGGUGUUAGCCAAAUGUACUUUCCACCUAGAAAUGUGAAUAUACUGAAUCAUCUUUUUAAGGUAGAUUUAAAGUACAUAAUUGGACUGUAAUUAAAUUAUAGAGAAAAGCCUGGAUUAUUCUUUAUUUUAACUAUGCGUACACCUAUGCAAGGUUGCUGUUGAUUGUUUGAGGCGACAACCAAAGUGACUACACAGACUAAAAUUAUGUCUAAAAUCUCGCAAUUAAAUACUAUUCUAGACAGUUAUUGAGUACUAAUGCUAAUCAUUUUCCUUGUUACGGUUAGUGUUUGAAUUUUAAAAAAAACCUCUCAUGUAGCUUUCAAACCUACCAAAAUGUCUGUCUUGUGUACCAGCCUUCUGGAUCAUGUCAGAUCAUAGUUUCCUGGAAACUCAGCUUCAACAAUGCCAACACCAAUGAUGACAGUGGGAAGUUUUCAUGAGAAGCAUCGUGUUUAAUAUUGCUGUACAUGACAUCGCUAAACAUUUUAAAAGUUUGACAUGUGAAGGACAGGUAUCUUUUGCUAUGACAUGCCAUCUAGUGGAUGUCACUUUAAUCCCCUAAAUGUACAUAACAUAUAUGAACAGAUCCCAAUUAUGUGCUUUAAAAGGUACAUGACAUGAAUAUUUCUAGGUACAAGAUGUGUCCUAAAGUUAAAAAGGUGUACAUUUGAGGGUACCACCCCAGCAACAAGGAUUGUUAUAUUCAACACCAUCCUCACAGUGAAGCAUGUUGGUGGUAGCAUCAUGUUGUGUGUUAAAUCAAAAAAAGUUUGCAAACUGAUCAACAGAUCAAAAAAACAUAAAAGAUUUGUGAUUGCAUACUUAUUCACCCCCAUUGUUGUGAAAUUAGGUGCAUCCAGUUCCCAUCACCAAGCCACAUAAAUAGUUCAGUAUUAAAGGCUUUGUAUUUUGUCUAGUUAUGACAAAUACAGUGCUGUGAAAAAGUAUUUGCCUGAUUUCUUUCUAAUUUCUUCUUCUUUUUGUAUAUAUCAUACUCAACUGUUUUAGAUCUUCAAAUGCAAUUCAAGGUAAUACAAAGGCAGCCUGAGUAAACACACAAUACAGUUUUUUUUAAAUGCAUUUUUAUUGAAGCAAAAGCACCUAUCACCCAUGUGAAAAACUAACUGCCCCUUUAAGUCUGGCUGGGCCACCUUCAGCUGCAAUUACUGAAAUUAAAUGCUAAAAUAACUAGAGAUCAGUCUUUCACUUACUUCUAGGACUAGGAUUUACUCCUAUGCUUUGGAUCAUUGUCUUGCUGCAUAAUCCAGAUGAGCUUGAGUUUCAAUUUGCAGACAGAAGAUCAGACAUUCUCCUUUAGGAUUUUCUGGUAUAGAGCAAAAUUAAUGUUUCCCUCAAUUAUUGCAAAUUGUCUAGGUACUGAAGCAGCAAAGCAUCCCCACACCAUCACACUGCCACCACCAUUCUCUUCAGAACAUUCUCACAAAAAGUUGGAGUACCCUUAAAGUGUGUUUUGGCAAAAUUCAGAUAAAUUCAGCCUUAAAGUUCUUCUGGGUUAGCAGUGGUUUUCACCUCGCCACUCUUCCAUGGAUGCCAUUUUUGCCCAGUGUAUUUCUGAUAGUGGAGUCAUGGUCAGUGACCUUUACUGAUGCAAGAGAGGCCUGUAGGUCCUUUGUUGUUGUCGUCCUUGGCUCUUUUGUGACUUGCUGGAUGAGUCGUUGCUGUGCUCUUGGAGGAAUUUUGGAAGGUCGGCCACUUCUGGGAAGGUUCACUGCUGUCCUGAGUUUUUCCAUUUGGAGAUAACGGCUCUCACUGGGGUUCUUUGGAGUCCCAGAGACUUUGAAAUAGCUUUGUAACCCUUCCCAGACUGAUGUAUUUCAAUCACCUUCUUCCUCAUCAUUUCUGGAAUUUCUUUCAAUUUUGCCAUACUGGGUAAGACCUUGUAACCAACUUCAUGCUGUUGAAAAAGUUCUAUUUAAGUGUUGAUUUGAUUGAACAGGGUUUGCAGUAAUCAGGCCUGGUUGCGUCUAGUCCAACUGAACCCCACUAUCAGUGCAGUUUCAUAGAUUUGGGGAAUUAGUAACUAUGAAGGCAAAUAUAUUUUUCACACAGGCCCAGUUGGUACUGGAUAACGUUAUCUUCAAUAUAUAACUAUCAUUUAAAACUGUAUUUUGUGUUUACUCAGGUUGCCUUUGUUUUAUCUUAGAUUUUGUUUGAUUUUUUUCUUUACACAAUUUAGUAUGAGAUAUACACAAAAACAGAAAUCAGAAAUACUUUUUCACAGCACUGUAACUCCAAUUAAACCCAUUUUAGUCCCAGAUUGAAUCACUAAAAGUGGGUAAAUACUUAUGGGAGGCACAGUAUGCAUACACAUAUUGUAAAUACACCAUUAUAGGCAUACAUUAAACAAAUAUGUGGUAGUAAUCUGUAGAGAUUUCUGUUGUUUUCUGUGGGCUGUUGCAUUAUGGUGUGCAUUUUCUUAUUUUUUCCUUAUUUGAUUCUUGAUUUUUUUUGUUCCUCUCUGAAAGAUCUUUCUUUACGCAUCUUCCCAUUGUCAUAUACUUCAUCUUUUAAAGGUACUGCCAGAUACAAACAUUGAAUAUGCAGGGUUUUUUUGCUACUAAAAGGACUAAAUAAAUAAUUUGUGAUUUAAA